AUGAGCAAGGUGUUGUCGAGACAACGAGCGAGUCACUACGUUUUCCAAGGGGUCCUGAACGCAGCGCCCCGGGUGGGCGGUACCGGUUUCGCGUCCGAUUCCUUCUCAGCCGGUUCGCUUCGUCCGCCCGCUCACUGCCGCUGCGCCGCGUUGGAAGGAAACGCGCAGUUCGUGACUCCCCGGUCCAGUAUUUGAAAGUGCUCUUCGGUCGAGAUGGCGGCCAUCAGGAAGAAGUUGGUCAUCGUCGGGGACGGCGCCUGCGGGAAGACUUGCCUGCUGAUCGUGUUCAGUAAGGACCAGUUCCCAGAGGUCUACGUGCCCACCGUCUUUGAGAACUACAUCGCCGACAUCGAAGUGGACUGCAAACAGGUGGAACUGGCGCUGUGGGACACGGCGGGCCAGGAGGACUACGACCGAUUGCGACCGCUCUCCUACCCCGACACGGACGUCAUCCUCAUGUGUUUCUCCAUCGACAGCCCCGACAGUCUGGAGAACAUUCCGGAGAAGUGGACGCCUGAAGUGAAGCACUUUUGUCCCAAUGUCCCCAUCAUCCUGGUGGGCAACAAGAAGGACCUGAGGAACGACGAGAACACGCGCAGAGAGCUGGCUAAGAUGAAGCAGGAGCCGGUCAAGUCCGACGAAGGCAGGGACAUGGCCAACCGGAUCGGCGCCUUCGGCUACUUGGAGUGCUCGGCCAAGACCAAGGACGGCGUGCGGGAGGUGUUCGAGAUGGCCACUCGGGCCGCCCUGCAGGUCCGCAAGCGGAAGAAGAGGAACGGCUGCCGGCUGCUGUGAACGGGUUGGGAGGGGGCUCGCGUGCCGAACGGACGGCGCCGGAGGAUGGUUCCCCCCCCCACCAUGCCUGGAUUUCUUUUGGGGUGGGGCCCAAACGCGGCGGAACCUUCCGUCGGUGGAUUCUGCGGACCUUUCAGUUUCGCCGCCGCUGAAAAUGAGACUGACUCGUCGGUCGAGGCCAAAGGCGUCGUCGGCCUCGUCGGGCUUUUCCUCUGCGUGCCACUCGGACCGACCGACCUCCAUCUUUGUUUUUCUAUUUGUCAAUUUGCUUUCAAAAAUAUAUAUUAGUUGCCUCUGCAA